AUGACUCUUGAAAAGCCAUUAGUGAUUCACUUAAAUCCAGUAAGAUUUGCCCAUAAUUCAUGGGAGGAAUUAAAAAACAUAGCUGAAGUUAUUCUUAUCGAUAAUUAUUCGAGAGAAGAAUUUAUCACUGACCUUCAUGGAAAGUAUUCCAAUGUCGUCGCUAUAGGAAGAGGUUAUUUAACAGGGCAUAAAGUGGGAUUGUUUGAUGAAGAACUAGUUUCUCACUUUCCUAAAACAUUAAAAUAUAUUUCUCAUCAGGGUGCUGGCUAUGACCAGUGUCAUAUUAAACCUAUCACCGACAAGGGGAUUCAGGUUUCAAAUUGUCCUAAUGUAAUAAGCAAAUCAACGGCAGAUACCAAUUUAUUUCUUCUUCUAGGUGCAAUGAGAAACUUCGACGAAGGUCGAAGAAGGCUUCUCAAUGGGGAAUGGCCAAAAGGAGGGUUUGGGGCAGGCGCAAAAGUAGGGUUGAAUCCGAAAAGCAAAAUCCUUGGGAUAGUCGGUAUGGGCUCAAUAGGCCGUGCUUUUAGAGACAGAUGUGAAUCACUAGGAUUUAAAAAAAUCAUCUAUUAUAAUAGGAAAAAAUUACCGGCUAAAGAGGAAGGAACAUCUGAAUACGUGUCAAGUAUAGAAAAACUCAUUACUAUUUCUGAUGUUAUAUCGAUAAAUUGCCCUUUAAAUCAGUCAACACAUCACCUAAUAGACGAUAGCAUGAUCAGACUCAUGAAAGAUGGUGUUAUCAUUAUCAAUACAGCAAGAGGAGAGAUAAUAGAUGAAAAAAGUAUGAUCAAUAGUUUGAAAAAUGGAAAAAUUGGAGCAGUUGGAUUGGAUGUAUUCGAGAAUGAACCUCAUGUAUCCGAAGAACUACUUUCUCUUCCAAAUGUUGUUGCACUUCCGCACAUGGGUACGCAUGCCAUGCAAACAAUAUUGGAAAUGGAAGAAUUAGUAGUUGAAAACAUCCGCUCUGGAUUGACAACUGGAAAUGUUUUAAACAGAAUACCUGAGCAAAGAAGUAUAGCUUUUGGUUGA